CCUCAGCCUUCCUUCCGACCUCCGACUUCUCUCUCUCUCUCUUUCGAUCGCUUCUCACCACUCCUGCACCUUCUGCGCCUAUCCAUCAUGGCUUACAACAAAGGAUGGAACCCCGAUCGACUCCCCGCUCACGCUGAGCCUGAACAGGCCGCAGCCCUGCUCUCCCAAUCCCAACCCGCCAACCCGCCCCUCUCCCGCCCUCCCCGCACCUCCUCGUCCCGCCCCGACUACAACAAACCCCCACCGCCAGCCCCUCAUGGCUACGGCCGCGCCGGCGGCAGCUCCAGCAGCUACGACACGCGCCCUCCCCCAGGCGCCUACAACGACCCUCGCUACGAUCCCCGCGGGCCCCAUUCCCCUCGUUACGAUACCGCGCCGCAUUCCCAACGGCAGGGCUACGGCUCCCCACCACCGCAGAACUACGGCCACGGUCCUCCCCCGCCGCCAGGUGCACAUGGUCGACCGCCUGCGCAGAAUCGACCUCCGCCGACGCCGGCGCCGCCCAGGGAUGCGAACGAUAGGGAGGCGUUGUGGAAGCUGUUUGGGGCGGUGGACAAGGACCGGAGCGGGAGUUUGACGGAGGCGGAGCUGAGGACGGCGCUGGUGAAUGGGGAUUGGAGUCCUUUUGAUCCGCAUACUGUGAGGAUGAUGAUUAGGAUGUUUGAUACGGAUCGAUCGGGAUCCAUCAACUUUGACGAAUUUUGCGGCCUCUGGUCCUUCCUCUCCGCCUGGCGCGGCCUCUUCGACCGCUUCGACGUCGACCGGUCCGGCAGCAUCUCGUACGCCGAGUUCAGCGAGGCGCUCGUCGCCUUUGGGUACCGCCUGAGCCCGCAGUUUGUCACGCUGCUGUACCGGACGUACGACCGCCGGGGCGAGAAUGCCAUGAGUUUUGACUUGUUCGUGCAGGCGUGUAUCAGCCUCAAGCGCAUGACGGAUGUGUUCAAGAAGUAUGAUGAUGAUCGCGAUGGGUAUAUUACGUUGAGCUUUGAGGAGUUUCUCACAGGUGCGCAAUCACUCUUCCUCUUUAACUCAAUAUCGGCCAACACUGAUACCGGCCUGUACUAGAAAUCAUCCGCCAGCGCUGAUGCGAUCAUCGCCCUUGAUCUAUUAGCCUCACCAUGCCGUCCCAAGGUUCAAAAGGUUGGACAAUACCGGUGUUGAUAAUGGUCUGGGUGAAUAGUUGGAUGGAUAUGUGCUUACUUCAUCCAAAGGCUCCUUUCACAGGUAGACAGGUGUAUGAGCUCGACUAGCUAGCCUGGUGAUGGCGAUGCAUGGAUGUUGG